UGUUUUGUUUGAAGAAUCAUCACCAACCGAAAAAAAAUGAAUUUUAAAAAUAAUAUUGUUAUUCAUAUGUUUUUUGGCUUAACAUUUUUCAUUUCAGGCCUGUUUAUCAAUGUAAUUCAAUUCAUACUUUAUAAUACAUUAGCAUGGUUCGAUAUACAACGUUUUCGACGAAUAAAUUUUUAUCUAAAUUAUUCAAUGUGGUCACAAAUUGUUGCAUUAGCACAUUGGUGGGCUGAUACUGAAUUAACUAUUUAUUAUCCGGAUGAAAAUUCAUUAAAACUUUCCGCACCAAAUCAUAUGCUUUGCCUUAUGAAUCAUUCAUUUGAAAUUGAUUGGGUUAUGUCUUGGUUAGCUGUUGAUCAUUAUCAAAAACUUGGUAAUGCAAAAUCAUUUGUAAAACGUUCAAUACGUUUUAUACCGAUUAUUGGUUGGAGUUGGAUAUUUGGUGAAUUUGCCUUUCUUGAACGUAAACUACAAAAAGAUUCAGCAAAUAUUGUGAAAGCAUUGAAAAAUUUUCUACAAUUUGAACAUCCAACAUCAUUGUUAUUUUUUGCUGAAGGUACAAGAUUUACUGAAAAAAAACAUGAAACUAGUAUACAAUUUGCUAAAGAACGUGGUCUACCUGAAUUAAAAUAUCAUCUAUUACCACGACCAAGAGGUUUUAAUCUUGCUGUUCAAACAUUCAAAGAAGAAAAGGAAAAUGUUCUAGUCGCUCAGAUUCAAUUAAGAUUUCCGAAAAAUCAACCUGAACCAACAUUUACAUCAUUAUUAAAGGGUGAAAAAUUAAAAGCCGAUAUGUUUAUACGUAUAUUUCCAUUGACUGAUAUUCCUACUGAUUCGGAAAAAGCAACCACUGAUUAUUUGUAUAAAAUUUAUCAGGAUCAAGAUGAAUUGGCCGAAUAUCAUGCAAAAAAUGAUUGCUUUCCCGGUGUUAAAAAAGUAAUUCAUCGUCGUAAAGAAUCAUUACUAAAUACGAUGGCAUGGACCGGGAUUACAGCAAUAAUAUUGCCAUAUCUUUUAGGAAAAAUUGUAAUCAACAGUAGUUGGCUUGUUGUUGGAAUCAUUGCUGCCGUUAUCGUACUUGGUUUGAUUUCAGUCAAAAUAAUGAUCGAUUCGACCAAAGUAAAUAAAUCAUCAUCCAGUUAUGGUAUGGAAAAUCAAAAGAAACAACAAUAAUUCCGAACAAUUUUAUAAAAUUUAUCAUCUUUGUUUCUUUGUUAUAA